AUGGAGCUGCCGGCUGGCAACCUGAGCGAGGGCAACGCGAGCUGGGCCGAGCCUGCCGCCCGUGAGCCCCGGCCGCUGCUGGGUGUCGGCGUGGAGAACUUGGUUACGCUGGUGGUGUUCGGCCUCAUUUUCACGCUGGGCGUGCUGGGCAACAGCCUAGUGAUCACGGUGCUGGCGCGCAGCCCACCGGGCAAGCCGCGCAGCACCACCAACCUGUUCAUCCUCAACCUGAGCGUCGCCGACCUGGCCUACCUGCUCUUCUGCAUCCCCUUCCAGGCCACGGUGUAUGCGCUGCCCACCUGGGUGCUGGGCGCCUUCAUCUGCAAGUUCGUCCACUACUUCUUCACCGUGUCCAUGCUGGUCAGCAUCUUCACGCUGGCCGCCAUGUCGGUGGACCGGUACGUGGCCAUCGUGCACUCGCGGCGCUCCUCCUCCCUCAGGGUGUCCCGCAACGCGCUGCUGGGCGUGGGCCUCAUCUGGUCGCUGUCCUUCGCAAUGGCCUCGCCCGUGGCCUACUAUCAGCGCCUCUUCCAUCACGGUUCGGGCAACCUCACCUUCUGCUGGGAUGAGUGGCCGGACCCGCGCCACAAGAAGGCCUACGUGGUGUGCACCUUCGUUUUUGGCUACCUGUUGCCGCUGCUGCUCAUCUGUUUCUGCUAUGCCAAGGUCCUUAACCAUCUGCACAAGAAGCUGAAGAAUAUGUCCAAGAAGUCAGAGGCAUCCAAGAAGAAGACGGCGCAGACGGUGCUGGUGGUGGUGGUGGUGUUCGGCAUCUCCUGGCUGCCUCACCACGUCGUCCACCUCUGGGCCGAGUUUGGUGUGUUCCCGCUGACCCCGGCCUCCUUCCUGUUCCGGAUCACCGCCCACUGCCUGGCCUAUAGCAACUCGUCAGUGAACCCCAUCAUCUACGCCUUCCUCUCGGAGAACUUCCGGAAGGCCUACAAGCAGGUGUUCAAGUGCCGCCUUCGUGGCGAGCCGGCGCUCAGCGGGUCCCGGGAGCACAAAUGCCGCGUGGACACGCCGCCCUCCACCAACUGCACGCACGUGUGAGGACCUGGCUCCAGGCG